AGUGAAGCAUCUAAAUCCGGUUUAAUUUCACUGUGAUAAAGCAGUUCGUUUCCUCCUCGCUUCCCGAUCCGUUCACAAUGGCCUCGACCCGGUGGGAGAGGUUUUGGUGUUGUUUGUUGCGUGUUGGCGUUAAAGCGAUUUUGGCACUUUUCAGCCUUUUCGUACCACAACAGCGAGGACGCACAGAAGGUCUCGGGCUUCCCCGCAUCACCGAGCCGCUGCUGCGCGUUUCCGCCGUUCAGCUCGCGCGGAACAUCCGCCGAAAACAAGUAACAAGUGUCCAGGUUGUUCAGGCCUACAUCGAUCGCAUCCAGGAAGUCAACCCACUAAUCAAUGCUUUGGUUAAAGACAGGUUUGCUGCAGCUCUCCAAGAAGCAGCACAGGUAGAUAAACUGAUAGAGGAGGAGACAGGAGGUGAGGAUGUACUGGAGGACAGGCUUCCUCUCCUUGGUGUACCCUUUACUGUGAAAGAGGCCUUCGCCCUUCAGGGCAUGCCAAAUUCUACAGGACUGCUUAGCAGGAGGACGGUGGUUUCAGGAGUGGAUGCUCCACCUGUAGCUCUGUUAAAGCGUGCUGGAGCUAUUCCACUUGGUGUGACCAACUGCAGUGAGCUGGCCAUGUGGCUGGAGUCUCACAACCACCUUUAUGGCAUUACCAGAAACCCUUAUGACCUCGAGAGGAUAGCAGGGGGCAGCUCAGGUGGAGAGGGAAGUAUAAUAGGUAGUGGUGCUUCUGUGAUUGGAGUGGGAUCAGACAUUGGAGGAAGCAUUCGCAUUCCUUGCUUUUUUAACGGCAUCUUUGGACAUAAGCCAACAGCAGGUAUAGUAAAUAACAGAGGUCAGUAUCCCCCAGCGUCUGGACAGCAGCCAAGUUUCCUUUGUACAGGCCCCAUGUGUCGCUAUGCUGAGGAUCUUCUGCCCAUGUUGAGGAUUAUGGCAGGACCCAAUGCAGAAAAAUUAUCCCUCUCUACCAAUGUGGAUCUGAGGAAACUUCGAUUCUUCUCUGUUCCUCAUGAUGGAGGAUCACAUCUUCUCUCUCCUGUAGAUCCACAACUGAUUCAGGCACAGAAGAGGGUGGUUGAACAUUUAAAGGCUGAUUUAGGGGUCCAAGUUCAAGAAUUGCGCAUCCCUCAGCUCAAAUAUUCCUUUCAGAUCUGGGGAGCAAUGAUGUCCUCGCCUGGCAAGGAUGGAAAGCCCCCUACUACUUUUGCUGAGCUGAUGGGUGGAGGAGAGAAGAAGGUGUGGCCUGUGUGGGAGUUUUUUAAAUGGUUUCUUGGACUGUCCUCUCACACCAUGGCUGCUAUAGGUCUGGCCCUGGUGGAGAUGUUUCAGAGCUCACAGCCAUCUCCGUUCAUUCUGCAGCAGAAAGAGAGUUUGCAAAAGGAUCUGGAGGAGCUUUUGGGUACUGAUGGAGUGCUAUUAUAUCCUUCACAUCCGCAACUGGCCCCAAAACACCACCAGCCUCUGUUCACUCCCUUCAAUUUUUCUUACACAGGAAUCUUUAAUAUCCUCGGGCUGCCAGUGACCCAGUGUCCUAUAGGACUUAGCGUGGAGGGUUUGCCUCUUGGACUGCAGCUUGUCACAGGAAAACUACAGGAUCACCUCACUUUGGCCACCGCUCUGUACAUGGAGAAAGCUUUUGGUGGAUGGAGAGAGCCGGGUCACACAGAGCACACACAGAACAGCAUCUCGAAUAAUGUCUGUAAUGCUACAUAACUGCUAAACUGUCCAUGCAUUAAUUAGUUUCUUUAUCUUCUCAAAGCUUACAGUUUCCACAUAAUUAUGUGGCUAACGGAAUAUUAAAUAACGGAAGGAAGGAAUAAAGGAAGAAAGUAAAUACUUUAUGUAAUAAUAAUAAAAUAUGGCACAGCGAUUAAUGUUUAAAAUUGUAAUAAAUUAGCUAUUAAAUUACUUUUAAAGUUUUGAGAGAAAGAAGGAAAGAAAGAAAGUAAGAAAGGAAAGGACAGGAAAGGGAAGUAUGUGUAUUAUUAAAACAUGCCACAGAAUUCAGUGAGAUUUUACUGUAAAGAAAGAAAGAAAGAAAGAAAGAAAGAAAGAAAGAAGUAAAAGAAAUAUUUAACACUAAGGAUGACAGAUUAAUAUUUAAUUUUGUAAUUGAAAUUCUUUUUAAAUUAGAAUUACACUAUAGAGAUGAUAAUAUACACAUAUAAAAAAAAUGUAUUCUUAUUAAGAAAUGCCUCAGAGUGAAAGAAAGAAAUGCGUAAUACAUGUUACAAAAAUGAAUGUCAUUUUAUUGUGACUUUUUUAAACAGAAGAAUAGUAUAGCAGAUUCCUGUAAACACAUUUAUUAAAGAAACAAGGGGUAGGAAUGAAAUGCAGUGUCGAUAAAACGUUUCCGUAAAAUAAACAGCUUUCAGACUUUAA